GAGCAAGCAAAGAAGGAAGAAGAAAGAGGAUGGGAAGCCAGCCAUGGGGAGCGGUGCGACUGCUGCUGGUCGGCUGGGCAGCGAGCACUGCGGCAAGCACUGCGGCGCCGUCGCAAGUGCACUUGGCGAUCGCCGGCGACGACUUCGGAGGCAUGGCCUUCUCGUGGGUCACGCCAACGGCCAGCGCAUCGGUGGUCAAGUACGGUCGCGACCCGGCCGCGCUCGACGGCCGCGCCACGGCGACGACGCCCAGCGCACGAUACACCUUUUGCAACUACACGUCCGGCUACAACCACCAUGUGGUCGUGCCGACUCUCGCCCCGCGAUCCACCUACUUCUAUAUCGUGGGCAGCGACGAGUCGGGCUGGUCCGCGCCGACGGCUUUCAAGACGCCGCCGCAGCGUGGCGACAUGGCGGCGCCGCUUUCGAUCGCGAUCCUCGGCGACCUCGGGCAAACCGAGAACUCGCAGCGCACGCUGGCGCACGUCCAGGCGCAGCCGAACCUCGACGCGGUCUUCGUGGCAGGUGACUUGUCGUACGCAGACACGGUCCAAGAGCGAUGGGAUUCUUGGGGGCAGCUGGUUGGACCGUCGACGGCCACGACGCCAUGGAUGGUCGGACCCGGCAACCACGAAAUCGAGCUUUCGUGCAACUUGCAGCCGUUCGUCGCGUACCAAGCGCGCUUCCGCAUGCCGGCGGCCGAGAGCGGCGCGCCGCGCGGCAACCUCUUUUACUCGUUCGAUCUCGGGAUGCUGCACACGAUCGUGCUGACGCCGUACGUGCCGACGUUUCGCGGCUCUUCGCAGUACGCGUGGCUGCAGCGCGACUUGGCGCGCGUCGACCGGGCGCGCACGCCAUGGAUCGUUGUGCUUAUGCACGCGCCGUGGUACAACAGCAACACGGCGCACCAGAACCACCAUGAGCCGCAGCACGUCAUGAGAAAAGAUAUGGAGACGCUGCUCUACGAGGCCCGCGUCAACGCUGUCUUUGCGGGCCACGUCCACGCGUACGAGCGGUCGCGUCCCGUAUACAAGGACUCGCCACACCAACAUGGACCGGUGUACAUCACCAUUGGCGACGGCGGCAACCGCGAAGGCCUCGCCGAGACGUUCCUCGAGCCCGCACCGGCGUGGUCGGCCUAUCGCGCGGCCAAAUAUGGGUACGGGCACCUCGACGUUGCCAACGCUUCCCACGCGCGCUUUACAUGGCGCGUCGCCGACGGUGUCGCCGACCACGUCUGGCUGGAGCAGCCACGAGACGUCUCGAGCGUCAACUAGAAGCGUCGGGGCGGUAGCUACGGCGCUACGAAUAAUAGUUUGUGGCUCUAAGAAUCUGGAUCUGGAUGAGA